AUGAGGGCUAGGAGGGAAGCGAAGAAGAGGGCAAAGGCAAUGGGUGUUGGAGGUUCAGGUGGUUUAGUUGAUGGGGUGACAGUGCACUUAAAGCAUAAUCACAAGAUUGAUCCGGCAAAUUCUAAGCUUGUGAAGGAGUACCGCAUGAAGCAAAUGACCUCAACAGUGAAUAAGAAGCUGAUGGAUUUCUAUGAGCAAGGUGUACCAAUUUCUCAAAUACACGGUUUCAUGGCGACCGAACGAAACGGUAACAUGGCUCUCACCGUCAAAGAUUUACAACAUGAGGUGUACAAGGCUAGGCGGUUGAAGAUGGUUGGAGGGGACUCGGUGGCAAUGAUGGAGUACUUUGAAAAAAUGCAAUCCGGCAACCAAAAUUUUUUCCAUGCUCAACGUUUGGAUGAAGAAGGGAGGCUUAAGGAUGUGUUGUGGGUGGAUGCAAGAAGUAGGGUAGCUUAUGAGGACUUUGGUGAUGCGGUUUGCUUCGACGCAACAUACCUAACAAAUGAGUACGAGCUCCCAUUUGCGAACUUUGUUGGUGUGAACCACCAUGGGCAAUCGUUGUUGUUGGGAUGUGCUCUUGUUUCACAUGAAGACUGCGAUACUUACCAAGAGUUCAUAAACCCCCUCAAAGAGCUGGUGUAUGAGAGCUUCAACCCCGAGGAGUCCCAAACUCGAUGGGCAGAGUUUAUAGCCGAGUAUAAGUUGGAGGACAAUGAAUGGCUACAGAGCCUACACAAAGAGAGUCGUAUGUGGGUGCCUGCUUACAUGAAAGAGUUUUUUUGGGCUGGUAUGAAGACCACACAAAGGGUGGAGAGCAUCAAUCGGUUUUUCGAUGGCUAUGUUAACCGCAAAACCAAGCUACAUGAGUUUCCUCAAAAGUAUUGCAUGGCCUUGGAUCAACGCGUUCGAGAUGAAGUGAGUGCAGAUGAGCGUUGCUCGAAGUACCUUAGGAGGUUGGUUAGUGGCUUCAAAGUGGAAAAAAUAUUUCAAAAGUUGUACACGGACAACAAGUUUCAAGAAGUUCAAAAGGAGUGUACGAGAAUGAUGUAUUGCAACGUCCGAGGAGAGAAGGUUUUGUCUGAAAACCUUAUUCAGUAUUCGGUGGUCGAUCGUGUAUGGAUAGUACCUCCCAGUGCUAGUGAGGAUGUCAUUACAGAUAGGCGACGAACCUACAAUGUUACUUUCUUUCCAAUGACAAAGGAGGUGCAGUGUGACUGUAGGAAGUUUGAGACAAGUGGCAUACUUUGCAAACACUGUAUUAGGAUUCUCGAUGAAAACUUGGUUGAAGAUCUGCCAGAGAAGUACAUUGUAGCCCGUUGGCGGAAGGACAUACCCCGGAAGCACACUAGGGUGAAGGUGGCCUACCAUGAUCCGGGCGACACGGUCACUGUGAAGAGAUUCAACAAAAUGAUGGUUAAAUUCGAGCCCUUAUGUGAAACCGCCGCCAUGCUUCAAUUAGCUGUUAAUGACCGUAGGGACAAGAAGAGUCAGGAGAAUGUUCCUGUAGUUAGUACACUAUCAUCAGCAGGUGAAGAUAGAACGAUUUCCUCAGUUGGGAAUCCUGCUCCUACUGCUCCUGCAGAGCCCGGAGACCCCUGUCCAGCUGCCAUGGACCAAGUUCUCAAAGACCCUAUAAUUAAGAAACGGAAAAGGGGCAGGCCUAAGGGUUCAAGGCACAAAACGUUAGCUAAAACUGGCUACAAGAACAAGAAUAAGAAGCCUAGUCCUGUUAAGAUUUAUGCUUUGUUCUUUGUUCAAUAA